GUCGCUGGGCGGCAGGCGACGUCGACUAGUUGUCUGCAGGCAAAGAUGGCGGUACGGAAGAAAGACGGCGGCCCGAAUGUAAAAUAUUUCGAAGCGUCUGAUACGGUUUCUCAGUUUGAUAAUGUCCGCGUCUGGCUGGGAAAGAAUUACAAAAAGUACAUCCAGGCUGAGCCCCCCACCAACAAGUCUCUGUCCAGCCUGGUGGUCCAGCUGCUCCAGUUCCAGGAGGAGGUGUUUGGGCGUCAUGUCAGCAACCCUCCACUUACCAAGCUGCCAAUGAAGUGUUUUCUGGACUUUAAGUCAGGAGGGGCUCUCUGCCACAUCCUGGCUGCUGCCUACAAGUUCAAGAGUGACCAAGGAUGGCGCAGGUUUGACUUCCAGAAUCCGUCGAGGAUGGACCGAAAUGUGGAGAUGUUCAUGACGAUUGAGAAGUCUUUAGUGCAGAAUAACUGCCUAACGAGACCUGUCAUCUACCUGAGCCCUGACAUAGAGCCAAAACUGCUCGGGAAACUGAAAGACAUCAUCAAAAGACAUCAGGGCUCAGUAACUGAGGACAAGGCCGCCAGCUCCCAUGUUGUUGUUCCUAUUCCCACCAGCCUGGAGGAAGAGGAGUGGGUGCGUCCUGUGAUGAAGAGAGACAAGCAAGUCCUGCUCCACUGGGGAUAUUUUCCUGACAGUUACGAUACCUGGAUCCCAGCCAGUGAGAUCGAGGCUGCUGUAGAGGAUCCUCCCAGCCCAGAAAAGCCCAGAAAGGUCCAUGCCAAGUGGAUUUUAGACCUGGACCAGUAUAACGAGUGGAUGAACGAGGAGGACUAUGAAGUGGGCGAGGGCUGCCCUAAGAGGAAGAGGAUCUCAGCCAAGACCCUGACAGAUGAGGUGACCACGCCCGACGAGCGGAGGGACAAGAAGCCUGGCAGUGCCAAGAAGAGGAAGCGCUCGCCGUCACCCUCUCCCACCCCUCCGCCUCAGGAGAGCAAGAAGAAGAACACCAAAAAAGGGCCAACAACCCCGUACACUAAGUCUAAACGGGGGCAGAGAGAGGAGGAACAGGAGGAUCUUAGUAAGGACUUGGAUGAAGCGUCACCUGUUCCAGCAUCUGAAGAGGGAAACCCAGCUAAGACAAAUAACACCAAGAAGGAAUCUGAUUCUACUCCAGUCAAGGGAGGAACAGAUUUGGACGAGCAAGAGGAUGAGUCCAUGGAAACAACUGGCAAGGAGGAGGAGGAAGGCUCUCCGAGCGUGAAGGGUGAACCAGUGAAAGGCUCGGACCUUCACGAAGACAACGUGACUGAGCAAACUCAUCACAUUAUUAUUCCGAGCUACGCUGCCUGGUUUGACUACAACAGUGUUCAUGCCAUUGAGCGCAGAGCCCUGCCAGAGUUUUUUAAUGGGAAGAACAAAUCCAAAACCCCUGAGAUUUACCUGGCGUACAGAAACUUCAUGAUUGACACCUACCGACUGAACCCUCAGGAGUACUUGACCUCCACCGCCUGCCGCAGGAACCUGGCAGGAGACGUGUGUGCAAUCAUGAGAGUCCACGCCUUCCUGGAGCAGUGGGGUCUGAUCAACUACCAGGUGGACUCUGAGAGCCGGCCCACACCCAUGGGUCCCCCGCCCACCUCUCACUUCCAUGUCCUGGCAGACACUCCAUCCAGCCUGGUGCCCCUGCAGCCCAAGACGUCCCAGACCCCUGCUACCCAGCAGAUGAUGUCCUUCCCAGAUAAAGUGAAGGAAAAACCAGCAGAUCUGCAAAACUUUGGGCUGCGGACAGACAUGUACAGCAAGAAGACCAGCUCUGCAAAGAGCAAGAGUACAGCGAGUUCUAUGAGGGAUUGGACAGAACAAGAAACACUACUACUACUUGAGGGCCUGGAGAUGUACAAGGACGACUGGAACAAGGUUUCAGAACACGUGGGCAGCCGUACGCAGGAUGAGUGCAUCCUGCAUUUCCUGCGGCUGCCCAUCGAAGACCCUUACUUGGAGGACAACUCCUCAUCCAUGGGACCUCUGGCCUACCAGCCGAUACCUUUCAGCCAAGCAGGAAACCCCGUCAUGAGCACGGUGGCCUUCCUCGCCUCUGUUGUCGACCCGCGCGUAGCCUCGGCUGCAGCAAAAUCUGCUCUGGAGGAGUUUUCUCGUAUGAAGGAAGAGGUUCCUGCAGCGCUUGUUGAGGCUCAUGUGCGGCGGGUGGAGGAGGCGGCGAGGGUCAGUGGGCGACAGGACCCGCUGUACGGCCUGGAGGGUAGUGGCAUCGCAGGCACUGGCCUCGAGGAGGGAGACAGACCUGAGGAAAACAGCGAUGAAAAUAAGAGUGACAGCCAAUCAAAUGAAGAGAAGAGGGAGGCCAAGGACAGCAAAGAAGGAGCGAUUGAGGAAGAGGAAAAGCAGGCGGAGAAUGGGAAGAAGGAAGAAGAAAGAGGAAGAGAACAAGAAGGGGAGAGGGAGGCAGACAAAAUAGAGUCCGAGAUGGGCGAUGGGGAAAAGGAGAAGGAUGGAAAAGAGGGCACAGAGGAAGGACAAAGAGAAGCAGAGAGUGAAGGAGAAAGGAAGGCGAAGGUGGAGCGCGAUGUGGGGGAGGGGAACCUGGCCACUGCUGCUGCGUCAGCGCUCGCUGCUGCUGCUGUCAAAGCCAAGCACCUGGCCGCAGUGGAAGAGAGGAAGAUCAAAUCUCUUGUGGCUCUGCUGGUGGAGACCCAAAUGAAGAAGCUGGAGAUUAAACUGCGACACUUUGAAGAACUGGAAACCAUCAUGGACAGAGAGAGGGAGGCUCUGGAGUACCAGCGUCAGCAGCUGUUGGCUGACCGUCAGUCCUUCCACAUGGAGCAGUUGAAGUACGCUGAGAUGAGGGCCCGCCAGCAGCACUUCCAGCAGAUUCAGCACCAGCAGCACAACCAGGCCGGGGGCCCUCAUUCCAACCAGGCCACCUCAGCCCCGCCACCCCAGGGCCCGACCGCAACUCAGCCAGCUCCCAGCACACCAGCGCCGCAGCCGGCCCCAAGCCCCGCGCCUCCAGCCUCUUCUGCCCCAGCUCCUGAGUCCCAACCACCUCAGAGUGCUCACACCUCGCCCCCCGGCCCCCCAGGCCCGACCCCAGCUGCACACUCCAGCUCCAGCUCCAGCACUACUCCGGUACUCAAUGAGCCCACUGCCCCUCUUCCUGGGGAAACACUCCACCCCUCAGCUCCAGUCCCGCCUCCACAGUGAGAGAAAAACAAAUUGCCCAAGAAUGACUGACCACUUUGAAUCCUGCCUGUACCAUCUAAAAUGAAGAAGUCUAAAAUGAAGAGAACACAUUUUACAUGAUUCGUUUUUUAGUUGUUUUUGUUUUUUUAGUUUUUUUUUUUUUUUCAAAAAUGACAAUUGAUGUGAGGAAGAAAAAAAAUUAUAC